GCCGUGUUGUGCCGGUGCCGGUCCGCGGGGCGGGGACGAGCUGUGCCGGAGCCGGGGUGUGGGGCGGAGACGAGCGGUGCCGCUGUCCGGAGCUGUGCCGGUGCCGGUCGGCGGGGCGGACCCGGUGCCGUGCGGUGCCGCAGCCGGUCCGCGGGGCGACGCGCCCCGAUGAGCCGGUGAGGCGGCAGCGGUGCGGGAGGGAUGGCGGCGGGCGGCGGCGGCGGAGCGCGGCCGCCGGGCCCCGACCCCGCGCUGGAGCCCUACGUGCAGACCCGCAUCUUCAAAAUCAUCGUGAUCGGAGACUCCAACGUGGGCAAGACGUGCCUGACCUUCCGCUUCUGCGGGGGCACCUUCCCCGGCAAGACCGAGGCCACCAUCGGCGUGGACUUCCGCGAGAAGACGGUGGAGAUCGAGGGGGAGCGCAUCAAGGUGCAAGUGUGGGACACAGCUGGCCAGGAGAGGUUUCGGAAGAGCAUGGUGGAGCACUACUACCGCAAUGUGCAUGCCGUGGUCUUCGUGUACGACGUGACCAAGAUGAGCUCCUUCACCAACCUCAAGACGUGGAUCGAGGAGUGCAACGGGCACGCGGUGCCCCCGCUCGUCCCCAGGGUGCUCGUGGGGAACAAGUGUGACUUGAAAGACCUGAUCCAGGUGCCAUCCAGCCUGGCCCUCAAGUUCGCCGACGCUCACAACAUGCUUUUGUUUGAGACCUCGGCCAAGGACCCACAGGAAAGCCAGAACGUGGACGCGAUUUUCAUGUGCUUGGUGUGCCGGCUGAAGGCGCAGCGCUCGCUGCCCUGCCGGGACACGGAGGGCUGGCCGGCGCAGCCCCAGCCGCAGCCCCGGCGGCUGGAGGAGGCCAGCGGGAAAGGCUCCUGCCCGUGCUGAGCGGGACCCGCCCGGACCCCAAUAAAGGCUCUGAGCCCCCUGCG